AUCUAGUCCUUCUCCAUCGCACGCAGGCCUGGGCGUCUCGAACUUUCUUCCCGAGGAGUAGAUAUUUUUUUCUCUCUCUUCUUCGCCGCAUUCAUUUAUAUCGCUGCAUGGCCUCCGCUUUCGCUUCUUGAUUUCUGUUCUUCUAAUUCAAGCUUCGCAAGUGGGUGCAGGGCUCAACCUUUCUCUGCCGUUUGAUGGAUCGGGGAGGAGGAUCCAACGGCGGAUCUUGCUACUAUGCCGUCCUCGGGAUUCGCAGGGACGCCUCCUUCUCUGAUAUUCGCACUGCCUACCGCAGACUCGCUAUGAGGUGGCACCCGGACAAGUGGGCUUCCAAUCCCGCAACUGCCGGAGAAGCCAAGCGCCGCUUUCAGCAAAUCCAAGAAGCCUACUCAGUUCUUUCGGAUCAGUCCAAAAGGUCAAUGUACGAUGCGGGGCUAUACGACCCUUUGGAGGAAGAGGAUCAAGAGUUUUGUGAUUUUAUGCAAGAGAUGAUUUCAAUGAUGAACAAUGUGAAAGACGAGGGGGACAGUUUGGAGGACCUACAAAGGAUGUUCGUGGAGAUGGUGGGGGGAGAUGGAAUUGGCUUUGACUUGAAUCAGGAUCACACGGCUGGGAAACGAGGACGCGUAAAUGGAUCCAAGGGCAACGCGCCCAAGCGCAGUAACUCUCGUUCAUAGUGCGUUCUGUUCUACUCAAUCCGUCUUGUAACUUUACACUUUUUCUUUCAUCAUUCAAAUGAAAGACCUUGCAAGGGUUAAAACAUUUUAAUUAAGGAACCAUACUCCUACUGCAACUGUGCAAAUCCAGCUUCCUCUGUUUUCUUUUUUCA